CAUAAACAUUUCGAGCAGCCAUUUUCAAGCUAGCCAUUUCCUCAGACUGACUGAAACAUGCAGAUCUCUUACCCGACCUUUGCGUUCCUCAUAGCUUUUCUCUGCAGUCUGCUGUCCUCUCUUUCAGGCGUGAUUGUGAGAUAUUCACGUGAACCGGUGGAGGAGAUGGAAGGUCGUAUGCUGUCUUUCAAGUGCAGAUUGGAGUACAAGAAAGAGGAUUGUGAUAUUUCUGCCAAAUGGUGGCAUGUAGAAAGCGAUGCUAUUUCUGAGCCCAUUACAGAUCCAAACAGAUUUCUAAUCACUGUUAAUGAAACAAAAAAAGAUGACCAAAGGCACAGGGACAUUGUCUUGACAUUCAAGUCCUUGAGUAUUGCAGAUCGGGGCUUAUACCAGUGUAAUGCCAAAUGUCUCAACACUCAAACUGUCGCAAAAGGCCAUGUUCUGUUCCUUAAUGUUACAGCAGAUCCACACAAAGGUCUGAAGGCCUCAGCAUGGAGUGGGAAGUUAAAGACUGACUUGACUGUGCUUGUGCUCGGCAUCGUAUUAUGUGUAUGGUAUAAUUUAAUGGCAUUGUGUUUUUAAGGAUUGAUCAAUAGCUAUGACAUAUACUGUACUGUGGCUACUAUAUAUCUUCAUCUUUUAUUCAGACAUACUACAUUGUGAAUUAAGGAUGUCAAUUUCUACAAAUUCCCAAAGGUUGAUCUUUAUUUAAAUGAACAAUUAAUUGAUAAAUUGCUAACCUAAAUAAUGCAAGAUGUGUCUACUUUAGUGGGGUUGCAUCCUAAAUUGAAGCUAAUCUUUUCAAGUUUACAAUAAGAAAAGAAAAAUCCCAAAUGGAAAUUAGGUAUGUUUCCAUCAAGUUGUUAGAGUGGCCAACUGUAGUAUUGGUAACCCAGCAACCAACAAUAAACAAGGCAAGUGUAACCUCGCUGGUCCUACACCACCCAACCCACUCCGAGCUGGGAUUGAACCGGCGAUUCUCUACAUAAGAGUCGGUUGCUCUUACAAGGAGGCUAGAUCACCUUUAGAGGUCAAAGGAGUGUUUACCUGCACAGCACUUCACUAGCUGGCCUCCGCUAUACAAGCAUAAUGGAGACAGCUGAUUAGUCACGUGGGUGUAAUGUUUGCUACAUCAUAGUUUAUUUGGAAAAUGUGCUUUCAUAAUCACUCAUUUCUCACAUUAAUCCCCUUUCAGUCCAAAACCACCUCAAGCAAGUGUAAAAACAAUUUUUUUUUCUAACUGAGGGCUUUGUAUUUGAACUUUGCCAUUUCCAUCAUUCAUAACUCAUGCAAUACUUUACAUGCAAUCCCUGCAUUAACACAGGGAAAUGAUGGAAACACUGUUGAUGAAAACCCUGGCAUGACAGGAUGUGUAAACGACACUUAAAAUGCAAACAUCCUCACCCAACUCUAAAUUAAAUUGUAACUGUAAAUUAAAAUGUAAAUUUACUGUAAAUAUAACAUUAGUCGGAUUGUAAAA